AUGAAGAGUGACUUGAUGGUUAUAGUGGACAACUCAAUGUACAGCAUAAACAAAGACUACUCGAAAGAAAGACUGCAGUGCCAGCUGGAUGCAAUAAAGAGCAUAACAGAAAAAAGACUGAACGAAGCGACAGAGUCAACGAUAGGCGUAAUGACACUUGGCAGAAGCGCAACAAUAAAAAUAGUUUCACCAACCUCGAACAAGAAUACGAUAUACUCCUACCUCCACUCGAUAGAAAGAGACGAAAACAUUCACGGGGGAAAUGCUAUGCUCAUCUCCCGAAUGGCCCUGAAAUACAGGACAAGCCCCAUGCAAAGUGUUCUUCUUUUUUUGGGAAGCCCGCUGGACGAUGAAAAUCUCAUGCUUACGAUUGAUUCAGUUGAAGAAACUCUGAACAACGGAAUCUUUGUUGGCCUGAUACUGUUUGGCGAAGCCCUGGAGUACUACAGCACCUUUAAAAACUCCAUAGAAGAGUCAUCGGACUUUGUGUGCAUUCCCAUAGAGAAAAACGACUCGUUUAUGGAGGGAGUGUCGGCUGGGCUUAGAGAAAGCAUAGAGGAAACUGAUCCUGACCUGGAGCUAGCCAUUAGAAGGUCUCUCGAAGAGUCCAAUGCACAGAAUGCAUCGAAUGAAUAA